UAACUUCUCCUUGUAAAAAGAACAAUGAGAACCUUGUUUAGUAUUUUUCUUGGUCUAGCUCUAGCAGCAGCAGCACCAAGGGAUCAGGUAAAGUUAGGACCUGGAAAUCCUUCAUCAAGCUUUACAUCUGGAUCCGACCUUUUUUCUGGAUCAGAAUACUAUUCUGGCUCCGACCUUCAUUCUGGAUCUGAUUACCACUCCGGAGACUUCUCUGGAUCUGAAUACUUCUCCAGAUCUGGAUCAGACUAUUCUGGAUCUGAAUUUUUGUCUGGAUCUGACUACUUCUCUGGAUCUGGAUCUGAAUACUUCUAUGGAUCUGAUUACCACUCCGGAUAUGGAUCUGAUUACCACUUCGGAUCUGGAUCAGACUAUUCUGGAUCUGAAUACUACUCCAGGUCCGGAUCAGACUAUUCUGGAUCUGAAUACUUCUCUGGAUCUGUUUACCACUCCGGAUCUGGAUCUGACUUCACUGGAUCUGAUUACUUCUCCGGAUCUGAAUCUGACUUCUCUGGAUCUGAAUUCUCUGGAUCUGAAUACUUCUCCGGGUCUGGAUCUGAUUUCUCUUUUGGAAAAAGAUCUGAAUCUUACUCUGGAUCUGGAUCAGAAUCUUCUGGGUCGGAAUACCACUCUGGAUCUGAAUACGAUCUUGAUAUAGUAGCUGCGAGAUCUGGAUCUGAAUACUUCUUUGGAUCUGGAUCAGAAUACAAUUCAGAAUCUGAUUUUUCUUUUGGAAAAAGAUCUGAAUUUUUCGAUUCUGAAUACUACCCUGGAUCUGAAUACUAUUCCGGAUCUGAAUACUACCCCGGAUCUGGAUCUGAAUACUUCUCUGGAUCUGAAUACUACCCUGGAUCUGAAUACUACUCCGGAUCUGAAUACUUCUCCGGAUCUGAAUACUACCCUGGAUCUGAAUACUACUCCGGAUCUGAAUACUUCUCCGGAUCUGAAUACUACCCUGGAUCUGAA